AUGACUGAAUUGCCCUUAUUAUGUUUGAAAACUGAGGAGAUGGAGAAAGGGAGAAAUCACCUCCUCUUGGCGAAAGCAAUCCCCCCAUUUGGCGAAACCGAAUCCCCCUACUUGAAGAAACCAAUCCUCACACUCGGCAAAACUAAAUCCAAAUUUUGUGUGACAAUUCAAAAUAAUGUUCCCUUAAUUCUCUCCCCCUUAUCCUUCUUCCUUGUGGCGCCACCGCACGACGCGGAUGGCACUUCUCUCCUCCAUGGCCUUCGCUUCACCUUCGAAGUUCACACUUCUUCGCUCUUUUCAUUCUCAUCCUCCUCUUCUUUCUUCUUCUUCUUCUUCCAUCUCUUCACUUUUCUUCGCUCUGCUUUUUCUGUUCCUCAACGUUUCCACAAAUUUCCGCUCAAUACGGCAAUCCGAUGUGCUGAAAGAGAUGUGGCCUCAACUAAGCCGGGUUUUGAUCCCAAGGCUGGUGUCGCUGUUUAUAAACCCAAAUCCUAUGAAGUUCUCGUCACUGAUGCUGCGAAUUCCCUCGCUUAUGCUCUUGAAGACGGAAAAUCUCGUCUUGAGAUUGAUUUCCCGCCUCUGCCCAGCAACAUUUCGUCUUAUAAGGGGUCUUCAGAUGAAUACAAUGAUGCAAACAUUCAACUUGCCUUGGCUGUUGUGAGAAAGCUCCAGGAAAAGAGGGAGACCAGAGCUUGCAUAGUAUUCCCUGAUAAACCAGAAAAAAGAAGGGCCUCUGAGUUGUUCAAAGCAGCUUUGGAUUCAAUUGAUGGCAUUACCAUAGGUUCCCUAGAUGACGUGCCUGGUGGACCUAUCACUUCGUUUUUCAGAUCUGUUAGAGACACCCUUGAUUUUGACUUUGAAGAUGAGAAUGAAGGUCGUUGGAAGUCUAGUGAGCCUCCUACGCUAUACAUAUUUAUUAAUUGCAGCACGCGAGAUCUUGCUUACAUAGAGCAGUAUGUGGAAAAAUUUGCUAUUUCAGCACCAACACUUCUAUUUAAUCUUGAACUAGAAACCCUACGUGCUGACUUAGGCCUUCUGGGCUUUCCACCUAAAGAUUUGCACUACCGAUUUCUUUGUCAAUUUACUCCAGUGUUCUAUAUUCGAAUCAGAGAAUAUUCAAAGACAGUUGCUGUGGCUCCUUAUAUUGUCAAUUACAGUGGAGCACUGUUUCGUCAGUAUCCUGGUCCUUGGCAGGUGAUGCUUAAGCAAGCAGAUGGGUCUUAUGCUUGCGUAGCUGAGAGUGCAACCCGCUUCACCCUUGGUGAAGCCAAAGAUGAAUUGUUGAGGGUCCUAGGACUUAAAGAGGAAGAGGGCAGCUCUCUAGAAUUUCUUCGAAAAGGCUACAAGUCAAGCACAUGGUGGGAAGAAGAUGUUGAGCUAGAAGCAUCUUCUGCAUGGCGGGGUUGAGCAUCAUAGUCCUGAAGCAGGUUCAAGAUCUUACUGGAUCCGCUCAACCUUAUUUUGAAUGAUUAUGUAUUCUCCAAAAGCACAACCUUUUCUUAUCUUGUAUAUUCUUUGAUGUAAUAUUUCAUAUGCCUCUUUUGUUGUUUGAAACUUCUGCCACCAGCAAUUGUGCCCAAGAAAACCCGGAACCAAUUUGCUGGAAAUCCGGUCAACAUAUGUAAUAUACAACCCAAUUUAUAUGAAAAGUCAACCCCAAUGCAAUGCUAUAUGCGCAUUUUUAUCUUA